GCUUCUCCCAUUCUCACAUCACGAGUUAACCACAAGAAAACUACAUCACCUGAACAUGUCACCGAUCACCACUCUACUUCUAUGCCUGAGCCUUAGCCUCAUCUCCCUGGUCCAAGGCUGCCCUAAUGAUUUCGAUGAAGCUGAAGGCGUCGCCGAUCUCAUGGGCGACGAAGAGCUCGAAGGACUAGAUGAGAUGCCGAUGAUGGCGGCCGGUGCGACCGGGGAAGGAGAGGGGGACGGUGAAGGACUCAGCGCCCAGGACCAACUCUUAGCUUUCCACGAACGAGACAGGAGAGGGGCGAGCUUGAAUAAGAAAUAUGACGGCAUCAGCAAUUUAGAUCGCUCAAUCACAGACUACUCAUCAACCCUGAUGCUAUGUAGAGUCGGAGACAUUUGCAAGAAAGCGUUUAAAAACAAAUUCAACUGCAAGUGCAACCAACUUACUUACUGCGUCGCAAGCGGAAGGUAUUACGAUGCACGAUGCAGCUACAGCGCUGUGGGACUUGUCUUCUACCAGCCGUAA